AUGACAACGGAUAUCCUCGCGAUGCAGUGUAUGCUGGAAUCGAGCAAGCAUACACUGAAUCUCAGUCCAAGCUACCAGCUGCAACGAUUCUCGGAAAUAGAGAAUCUUCCCAUCAUCGAGAGACAAGCACCUGACGACCAGCAAUGUGAAAACGUCUUCAGCAGGCAUCGUCGAGACACAGACGUUCGUUACAAAUUACGGCCGUCCACCAGAUUCGACAUUGUCAACGCUCUGGACAGCAGUCUUCCGGGCGCAUUCGCUGCUUUGAUAGAAUUGCAUCAACGCAUUAGAAGGGAACCCAAGAUCACGAAGGCUUAUAUCGAAUUCGUGAAUGAAUAUCUCCGACUGGGACACAUGCGUGAGAUAAACCACCAAGAGGUUCGUAGCUGCAGUGGACCGGUCGAUUACAUCCCACAUUAUGGAAUCUGGCUGAGAGGGGAUCAAGAAUCCAAACUUCGUGGCGUUUUUAACGCCUCGCGCCCCACUUCGACUGGAUACAGUCUUAACGAUGAUCUAUUCACUGGUUCUACACUCCAAACGCAUCCCUGGAGGGUGAUAAUCCGACGGCGCCAAUAUCGUUUUGUUUUUUGUACAGAUGUAAAAAAGAUGUAUCGCAUAAUCAGAAUCGAUGAUCGCGAUGUUGAUCUACAACGGAUAGUUUGGAGCCCGCCUGAGGAGGAGACUGUUCGACAUUUUCAAUUACUGACAAUCACCUACGGGGAAUCAUGCGCACCUUAUCUGUCGCUUCGAGUUAUUCAGCAGUUGUGCUUUGAUGAAGGUAAAGAUUAUCCAGAAACAGUAGAUACUUUGAUGAAAGACAGGUACGUCGAUGACAUUUUGUCCGAAGCAUACAGCAUCGAGUCGGACCUUCAUCUUCGAGAUCAACGUAGAUACUUAUUGACUGCCGGAGGGUUUCAAUCACGCAAGUGGAUCACCAAAAAUCAACAUCUAUUACAGACUGCGGUUGUAUAUGUACGAGUGCUGUCCAAAGAUGAUCACGUAUGCACAGUGCUGCUUGCCGCCAAAACAAAAUUAAACUCCAUCAAAAGCUUACAGCCUUCCAUCAGGGCGGAGCCCAGGAUGAUGAUUCUACCGCUCGAGUUGCAGGCUGCCUUACUUGCUAGUAAACUGCUUUGCACCAUUGCUAAUGAUCUAUGCAUUCCUUCAGGUAAUUGUUAUGCCUUGUGUGACGCUCAGAUCGUGCUUCAUUGGCUUGACUCCAGUAUACCAGUUGGCAAUUCCUUGACCGACGAUUACAUCAGCUACAUUCAAGAAAUCAUAACAUAG